AAAUUAAUUAUCUGUUGCAUCAAUCCCAUGAGCAUCGGACUAAAGAGGUUAUCGAAUUCAUUGGUAAAAAUGGCGGAACAAAUCAAUUCAUCAGCCGCCGAUAACACAGCUGCCGGAGCAAAACGGUGGUCAUUUUGGCCCUCUUCUCUUCGUUGGAUACCUACAUCUACUGACCACAUCAUCGCUGCUGAAAAACGUCUUCUUUCUCUUGUUAGGACUCCUUAUACACAAGAGCAGGUCAACAUUGGGUCUGGUCCACCAGGUUCAAAAGUUAGAUGGUUUCGAUCGGUGAGCAAUGAACCAAGAUUUAUCAAUACUGUUACUUUCGACAGCAAAGAGGGUUCUCCUACUCUUGUUAUGGUCCAUGGAUACGGUGCCUCUCAAGGUUUCUUCUUUCGGAAUUUUGCUGCCCUUGCAAAGCAUUUCAAAGUAAUUGCUAUUGAUCAGCUUGGCUGGGGUGGAUCAAGCAGGCCUGACUUCACAUGCAAAAGUACCGAAGAGACUGAAAAUUGGUUUAUUGAUUCCUUUGAGGAGUGGCGCAAAGCCAAAAAUCUUAGCAACUUUAUUUUGCUUGGGCACUCUUUUGGAGGGUAUGUCGCUGCCAAAUAUGCUCUCAAGCAUCCUGAGCAUGUUCAGCAGUUGAUUCUGGUAGGACCAGCCGGAUUUACAUCACAAACUGAACAUAUGUCUGAACGGAUGACCCAGUUCAGAGCAACUUGGAAGGGAGCUGUCUUGAAUCAUCUGUGGGAGUCUAAUUUUACCCCGAUGAAAGUUAUCAGAGGCUUAGGCCCAUGGGGUCCAGACCUUGUUCGAAAAUACACAAAUGCUAGAUUUACUGCAUAUUCUAAUGGAGAUGAUUUGACUGAGGAGUCGUCCAGACUACUCUCAGAUUAUGUAUAUCACACUUUGGCUGCAAAACCAAGUGGAGAGCUAUGCUUAAAAUAUAUAUUUUCCUUUGGAGCAUUUGCCAAGAGUCCUCUUUUAUACAGAGCACCAGAUUGGAAGGUGCCAACAGCUUUCAUAUAUGGACAUGAAGAUUGGAUGAAUUACCAAGGAGCGCAACAGGCAAGGAAGAAUAUGAAGGUUCCAUGUGAAAUCAUUAGGGUCCCUCAGGCUGGUCACUUUGUAUUUAUGGAGAACACAUCGGCAUUCCAUUCUGCUGUACUCUAUGCUUGUCGUAGAUUUAUAUCACCAGAGAACACCAAUGACUCGCUUCCUGAAGGCUUGGUAUCUGUCUAAAGGAGACACAUUGCCGUGGUGCUUUCAUUAUGUGUGGUAUAGGUAGAGAUAAUGUACAAUAGAUAGCAUUGGUUUAUGUUCUGUCAAAUGAGUUUACUGGUCUGAGUGAUGUAUCCUUAAAAUUUCUCAGAACAUAAAGUCAAUAUUGAGGAAGCCAUGAAUGGGCAGCAUUCUUUUCUGCCGCUCCUUGCUUGUAGGAAGUCGAUGUACAGAUAGCUGAAUGAUUUAUGUUCUUGAAACUACAUUUCUGUUCUUAUAUGAAAUAGUGAAAUAUUAUAUGUCAAUAGUUGCUAAAUGAACAAGAUAGUAUAUAAAUAAAAUUUGAAUCAACUAGCAUGUCAAUUCCAGUUA